CUAACCCAGACCUGCUGGACGGGAUAGGCUUGACAGGUGCGGAAGCCCCAGGAACUCAGAUUGCGGGCCCCCUGGGAGCUGCACCCGGAUCCCUGAGGAGGCGGCUCAAGGUGCUGGCUGGCGUCUGUGAGGGACCUUACUAGGUAGGCAAUGUCAGGGAGACUGGGGUCAUGGCGGGGGUGAAUCCUGAGAACUGGAAUCCAACAGCCACGCCACAAUCUGGAGGAAGAAGGAUGCUGAUAGAAACCGGAAGCAAACCGGAAGCAGCAAGCCCUUUCUCCCCGCUCCAGCCAGCCCGUGUCCCUCAGCGCCCCCUGUUGGCUGAAUGGGCAAACCGGAAAUGCCAUUUGCAGAGGCCCAACCCUAACGUCACGCAGCGGAGAAUAAAAAGGUGGAUUUGGAACCCAGAGAGCGGCUGAAUAACCAACUCAGUUGCUUUUUUUAGUGAUCAGAAAUGAACGAACAAUCAGAAAAAAACAAUGCCACUCAAGAGGGACCCACAGGUCGAAGUUCUCCUGAGAAAAACUAUCAAAUUGGACAAAAGCAACUGCAACAAAUAGAACGGCAGUUAAGAUGCUUGGCGUUUCAAAACCCUGGACCCCAGGUAGCCGACUUUAAUCCCGAAACAAGGCAGCAGAGAAAGCAAGCACGGAUGUCAAAGAUGAAUGAAUAUUUUUCUGUAAAAAGCAAAGUUCUGACGAAGUACAAUAAAAGCGGCCGGCUCCUCUGUAAUGACGCUGAUCUGUGCGAUUGCCUGGAGAAGAACUGCCUGGGCUGCUUCUACCCCUGCCCCAAGUGCAACUCCAACAAGUGUGGGCCUGAGUGCCGCUGCAGCCGAAGGUGGGUUUAUGAUGCCAUUGUCACCGAAUCUGGAGAGGUCAUCAGCAGGCUGCCAUUUAACAUUCCUGACUAGGAGUUGUUAUUACGUGAACUGGCUUUUGUCUUCUUUACAUUUACUUCAGUCUCUUUCUCUGGGUGAUUUCUAUGGCUUGGGGGAAAAUGUGGGAAAAAUACACUUGAGUCAUGUUCUUCAAAGCUGUAGAACAAUGUAGACUGGGCGGUCAUUCUAGAACCUUCUUACUGUGUCUUCUCCAAUUCCUUCACUUGUAACUGAAGCGUGUGACCGUGGGUGGCUCUCCGUCUCUCUCCUCAGUACUCCCAUCCCCACCCUCAAAUGUAACAUCUCUUUCUUCUUUGCUGGUAUCUCAGAAAACAUAAUUUUAAGAUUUUCAAUAUUCUGUAGCUGAGUUUAUAUAGAACAUAUAAUCAUAAAUAUCUAGUUACCCUUAGAAUCUUACACAUCACUAGUUCGAAAUCAGAAUUGCUAUUUGGAUUAAAAAAAGAAAAGACCCAAACCUUGUGACUUUCAAUUGUAUAUUCAUAGUCUCAUUUUUUACGGUUAAUGUGUUAAUAUUAUUAAAAUUAAGUUUGGUAAU